CUGUUUUUCCACGAUGGCAGAUUGUCGCGACGUGCUGUACCGUUCACUGGAAGCGUCCAUUGAACGAUGCGGCGGUCGGCUGGACGAAGUCAAGGUCCUGGAGACAGCACGGCACUUUGACAGCGACAGACAACCCAAGGCCUACGACGACACCACCAACCCUGGUGAGAACGCUGUUCGACUUGUCUGUUGUCCCCACUCUGCGGUACAUCGACAUACACUUCAUGCUUCGUGUAAUAAAUCAUAAGGCAGGAAGCGGCUCGGACAUGCUUCGCCGCUGCACAGGACAUCAUGUCAUGUGUUCCUCCCGAGGCGAUGAUUCAUGUCAACACGGAACAGUCCAUGCAUGUUACACUGUUCCACACUUCCCAUCCACAUGACCGACGACCGUUUUCUCCUGCGAUCCGCACGCAAGAGCUGACAACGUUGCGAGACAUGGCGGCGGCGUUUCCGUCGUUCACCCUGUCGUUUCAUAGCAUCAUCGUGGCUUCGUCUGGCUCAAUCAUCAUGCUCUUCGAUGAUCCCCACGACACUGUGCAUCGAUUGCGACAUGAAGCGCACGCAACCUUCCCCAGCCUGCCUGCAUCACAGACGACGACGAUUGUCCACACGACAUUAGCUAGACUGAUGUCUCCAUCGAUCUCUGCCGAUUCCCUCGUCACUGUGCAAGACAAAUGCCGAGUGGUGACGGCACGACUGCGACGCGAAGCAUUCACAGUCCUGCUCUCGUCCCUGUGGUACGUUGAAGAGACCCAUUACUUCUCCGCGGGGAGUGGACCUCGUACGUCGAUCCCGCUUCCUCCGCCAGUUCUCCAUGUGCCAGAAGCAUAGCGACGGAGAUGCGGGGAUGGUCGACAGCAUUCCUCACUCAUCACUCAUGGAAAGCCUCAUUCCACGUUUCAAAUAAGCCGCGGGUUGUCAUAUGUUGCCUGUCUUGAGUAUAUUAUUAAGCAGACAAUCAAAUCCAAUACAAAUUCCAAGUUUAUAAUGUAAAAUAUAAAAACACGCUACUAUCAUACCCAA